AUGUCGGAUAAAGUUUGGGGUGAUAAACCAAUAUAUUUCAAACAACCAGUAAGAUGGCUCAGAUACCAUGCUCAUGUUAACCCGGCCCUUUUUGUUUCUGUGGCAAUGGGUGUUGCCGCACCGGUGCUAUUAUUAGCUACACCAUUAAGAAGGAAGUAUUUGUAUGCUGAUCAUGAACCUAUUCCUAUGGUUUACCCUUUGCCUAAUAGGCCUAGGGAUUUGAAUUUGAAAGGAUAUGAUGAUUAG